AUGCAGAGGGCAGGGGCAGGUGGCCGGAGGGCCUCUGACUGCGGGCCUGCCCCGUACCGGCCCAGGUGCAUCACCAAGUUUGCCCAGUACGUGGGCUCCUUCCCCGUGGACGACCUGGACACCCAGGAGAGCGUGUGGCUGGUGCAGCAGCGGCUGUGGACCCUGAAGGACUGCCCCCGCCGCCGGGCCGUCAUCCUGAAAUUCAGCCUCCAGGGACUGAAGAUCUACAGCGGGGAGGGUGAGGUGCUCCUGAUGGCCCACGCCCUGAGGCGCAUCCUCUACUCCACCUGGUGCCCGGCUGACUGCCAGUUCGCCUUUGUCGCACGGAACCCACGGAGCCCGGCCAGCAAGCUCUUCUGUCACCUCUUCGUGGGCAGCCAGCCCGGAGAGGUCCACAUCCUGUACCUGCUGCUCUGCCGCUCCUUCCAGCUCGCUUACCUCCUGCAGCACCCCGAGGAGAGGGCCCAGCCUGAGCCCUGCCCAGCACCCACUGCGGAUGUGCCCCCGAAGCCCCUGGGGGGCCCACCUGCCCUGGCACGGGAGCCCUUCGGCCGGGAUCAGCUGUCACAGAACGUCCACGCCUUGGUCUCCUUCCGGCGGCUGCCAGCAGAGGGGCCAGUGGGCAGUGGGAAGGAGCUGCUGGAGUCGGAGGGCCGAGGGGGCGCCCGCCAUGCCCGCCUGGGGAACCCCUACUGCUCACCCACGCUGGUCCGCAAGAAAGCCAUUCGCAGCAAGGUGAUCCGCUCGGGGGCCUACCGGGGCUGCACCUACGAGGCUCAGCUGCAGCUCUCGGCGCGGGAGGCCUUUCCCGCCGCAUGGGAGGCGUGGCCCCGGGGUCCUGGGGGCCCCGCGUGCCUGGUGGAGAGCGAGGGCAGCCUGACGGAGAACAUCUGGGCCUUUGCUGGCAUCUCCAGGACCUGUGCCCUGGCCCUGCUGCGGAGAGACGUGCUCGGGGCCUUCCUGCUGUGGCCGGAGCCGGGCGCCAGCGGCCAGUGGUGCCUGUCCGUGCGCACGCAGUGCGGCGUGGUGCCCCACCAGGUCUUCCGCAACCCCCUGGGCCGCUACUGCCUGGAGCGGCUGCCAGCAGACUUCCCCAGCCUGGAGGCCCUGGUGGAGAACCGCGCCGGCGCCAAGCGCAGCCUCUUCUGCCCCCUGGGCAUGGGCCGCCUGAACCCCACCUACGAGGAGCAGGACUCCGGGCCGCCUCGGACUCUCCGGCCCCUGGGCCACGCCAAGUCCGAGGCGGAACUGCAGGGCCUGGGCUAG